GUAAUGUGUCUACCAUCUGCGUCGUAACAAAGCCAUUUCCAGCGGCUUGAAGAACUAAACGGCAGCGUUUCUCUUAUUUCUUUUCUCUUUUCCCUACCAAGAAUCGUAUCAGGAAUUGCAGAGAAUGGUGGAAACUUGACAGGUUAUUCGAUUAAAAUGCGACCGCUAGAGACUCUGUUGCCAACGGAAACCCUAGAAAUCGAGAAUGCUUUGUCACUAGUACCGCGCGUGAAACUCAAUCUCACUUUCCACCCUGCCCUCCCAUCGGUGUCGAAACCAAUUGAUGAAUGGCAGCUAAAGCGAGCCCUGAUAGAUUUCCUCAAGUCCUCGCUUUCCGUCCCCGUUACCGUUCCCGAAGAAGACCUCCAGAUAAAAAGGCUCAAAGACCUCAAGAAACGGAAGCGAGACGAGCCGGUUGCCCAUGGCGCUCUCUUCAUUCGUGACCUUGGGUUUUUGAGUAGUAGGAAGAAGAGUGAAGAGACCGAAGAUGACGUGAAGGAAUUGGAAAAGAAAUUUCUGGAUUGGAGAAGCUAUGUAGCGGAGAAAAUGGAUGGGAUUGAGCUUAAUCUUGAAGGAGUUGAGUAUAACCUUGCUGUUGAAAUUCCAGUUUCGGACGAUUUUGAAACGAUGAAGAAAGAUUGGGAGGAGUUACACGCUUUUCGAAAUAGAGGUUACUCGAGGGGCGGAAGACACGAUCCAGAUACGAUUGUAUUGAGAGGGGUUCCGUCGCGAUGGUUGCGGAGCCGAGAGUUUCAUCCAAGCCUUCAAUGCUGGUCACCCAUACCAUUUUUUCCACAUUUGGGAAGAUAAGGUAAUUCCUUUCUCUUUUGCCCUUAUUUGCUUCAUUUUCUUUUGCUAUUACUGAAUUCUGGUAAAUUUUGUUAAGCCUUUGUUGUUGA